GCCGAGAUAGACAAAGCUGCAAGAUUGAAGGCUGACGUACUGCAAAGACUUGCAGCUAUUGACGAAAAACUAACAGCAUCGAGCAUGCAGUCUGGAUUUAUUGAGACUGAGAGUCAAAACGUCGGUUGGUCUCCUCCUAGUCCUUUGAGUGAGAACAGAGUCACCUCAUGCUCGGUGAAACUCUAAGAUCGUCAGAGUGAAGCUUCCAAAAGUGGAGGUACGCAAGUUUAGUAGAAAGCUGGAAGAUUGGCAGAGUUCUGGGAUUCCUUCAAACCUCAGAGGCUUACCGCUAGAACCGGCGAGAUCUGUUAUUGUGGGAUUUGCCUCAUCCUCGUCCGCAAAUUAUGAGGCAGCUUUUGAACUCCUAAAAAAGCGAUUCAGAAAAAAGACCACGAUCCAGGUGAAGCAAUAAAAGUGUUCAAUAAAAGUGGCGAGACUGCAUGGCCUCUAUGAUUAGUGGAGGCAAAAUACAAAGGCCUUCCACAUACUUCGAGAUAGUCAUCCCUGUGCUGCUGGAAAGGAUUCUUUGGACUUGACAAUCACCCGAAGAAAGCAGUACUUGAAGUGGACCCUCAAAGACAAGCUGGAUUCUCUGUUAACUGUGCAACAGAGUGGAACAAGUGAUGGCAGGAAGGAACUCGAAACAGCCAGUGCAUUAUUUGCAAACAAAGGAGGGGACAAGAGAUGCGCAUUUUGCCUUGGAGGCCACCUCCUAGUGGAUUGCAAGAAAGUGCAAGACAUAGGAGAAUGA